UAACAUUUCCACCAACCUACGCAGGAAAAAAAAAAGACAUUUCGACCAACAUACCGGGUUCCUCUCGAAAUCCAGACAGACAGCGAACUGGAGAGAGGGAGAAGGGAAACUUCAACCCUUUUUCUCUCUGUUCACCAAAUAUCCACUACCACAGAUAUAAGAUAUUCAUUUGAUUAUCAUUCGUUUUCUUCCAUUCUUUUGAUUCGCUUACGCCAGUAAUCGUUUGCUUGGUCUUUUUGGAUCUUGAAUACACAUCGGGGAUGCCGAACUGGGAGCUCAAAAACUGUUGCAAGCAUGACCAGGUCAUGUUUCUAACGAUCACAGGAAUCUUUACUGUUGUAAUCCUUCUGCUGUGGAGAACAAUACUGCUAACACCUUUCAAGCUCAUCACUGUUUUUCUCCACGAAGCAAGUCAUGCUAUUGCUUGUAAACUAACAUGUGGCCAAGUGGAGGGGAUCCAGGUUCAUGCAAAUGAAGGUGGAGUCACACAAACACGUGGUGGUAUAUAUUGGUUAAUUUUGCCUGCUGGAUACCUCGGUUCAUCAUUUUGGGGAAUGGUUCUUAUACUGGCAUCUACAAAUCUUCUUACUGCAAGAAUUGCUGCUGCAUGUCUUGGUGUUGCUUUGCUUGUUGUGCUCUUUGUCGCUAAAAAUUGGACACUUCGAGGACUUUGUAUUGGGUUUAUUAUUUUCCUUGCCGUAAUUUGGCUACUGCAAGAAACUACAAAAGUCCACAUUCUUCGAUAUGUGAUUUUGUUCAUUGGUGUUAUGAACAGCUUGUUUUCAGUUUAUGAUAUAUAUGAUGAUCUAAUAUCCCGAAGAGUUCACUCCAGUGAUGCAGAAAAGUUUGCAGAACUUUGCCUGUGCCCUUGCAAUGGUGUUGCAUGGGGAGUUAUCUGGGGACUAAUAUCAUUUUUAUUUCUAUGUGGAGCUAUGUACCUAGGGCUUGUCAUCUUGUCUUGAGGUUCAAGAAUCACUUUUCAGAUACUUGGGAUGAUGAAUAGCACCUGGUUUUAGAUGUUACAACAGUGUAACGUUCUCCUGUUGUCAAACCCAGAAACGAUGAUUCUUUUCUUUAAUUGUUUCAUUAUGUACAAUAUCUACAAAUUUCAGCUUAUAUUCAUUUAGAAUGCUUGUAGUAUUGAUUGCUAUA